CGACAUGCUCAGCUAAGAAGUUUGUUAAUAAGUAAAUUUCUCUUUCAAAUCAUUCAUGUUUUCCUUCACUUUCCAUCCAUCCAAACACUCCUCUCUUAGUUAUUUCUCUUUAUUCCUUUAUUAAUGGCUUCUCUUUUCAUUUCCCAUACCUUGUUUCCCUCUAAAUCUCGCCUCUUUCGUGGGUUAACCCUUUAUCCACACCGCCAUGGUUUCGCUUCCUUCACCAACUGCUCUAAAAACAACAAUAACCUCACAACACCACCUUCACAAGAUCAAGAUAAAAAACUUCCUUCUUCUAAAGAGAAACUGUCUUUUGCUGCAGCAACAGGGGAGCUUUUCUUGGGGAUUGCAUCAAAAUUAAUUAAAAACAGAUUGAAUAAUGAAGACUCAACAAGCCUGGUUUUUCUCAGGCCCAGAAAGAGAAUAAAUGAGAGUGAGGUUGAAAAUAAUGGAAACAAUGAUAAGGAGAGAAUUGGUUUAGUGAUGAAGGAUGAGAUAGAACCAGAGGUGAUAUGGGAACAAAGGGUUAAAGACAUUGAAGCUGAGAAUGAAAGAAGAGUGGUUACAAGCCCUGGGUUUAGCUUUUCUGGUGGUGGCUUUUUGCUUCCUUAUCAUCUUGGAGUUGCCCAGUUUCUCAUUGAAAAGGGUUACAUACAGGAAACAACACCAUUGGCUGGUUCAUCUGCUGGUGCCAUAGUGUGUGCAGUGAUUGCUUCUGGAGCUACAAUGGAUUUAGCUCUAAAAGUUGCUAAAAUCUUAGCUGAUGAUUGCCGGCGUAAAGGGACAGCUCUUCGUCUUGGGGCUGUUCUUCGAGAUCUUCUUAACGAGUAUCUGCCUCCCGAUUCUCAUACUAGGUGCAAUGGGCGGAUUCGUGUUGCUAUAACUCAGAUUCUUUGGAGGCCUAGGGGUUUACUGGUGGAUCAAUUUGAUUCUAGAGAAGAUCUAAUCAAUGCAGUAAUUACAUCUUCCUUCAUUCCUGGGUAUGUUGCUGCUCGCCCUGCUGCAAUUUUCAGAAAUCGUUUGUGCCUUGAUGGGGGUUUGACAUUUUUUAUGCCCCCAACAUCUGCUUCUAAAACGGUCCGAGUUUGUGCUUUCCCAGCCAGUAGGAUGGGAGUGGAAGGAAUCGGGAUUAGUCCAGACUGUAAUCCCGAGAAUAGGGUAACCGGAAGAGAGCUUUUCAGCUGGGCAAGGGAACCGGCAGAUGAAGAAAAUUUCGAGAGGCUCUUUGAGCUCGGAUAUCUAGAUGCAGCUGUAUGGGGAGAGCAGAACCCUGUCGAAGACAUUGUUGUCGAUGAAAGUCCCCUUGUCGAGAAUGGUUCUAGAAUGUAAUUUCAUUCGAUCAGGCAUGGCUAGAACAUUGUAAUUUAUAUAGCGUAUGAAAUUGUCAAAAGAAAGGACAAAGAAAGGGAUUGAAAUGUAGAAUUUAGUUGAUGUCUUUUGUCCUUAUAAUACCAAUAAAAUUGCAUUUCUCAUUGUUGGAUCAUA